AUGCUUUGGGCAAAGAGUUUCGCAGGCGCGACAAGUCCCAGAGUCUUCAGCGGCUGCGUGGCGAGUUAUCUGCCCAAAAACAGUCUAUGGAGCUUUUGCUUACCAUCUUACUUGUGGCUAACGGUGAUCGGAUCUUCUAGCCACAACGGACAAGAAUCGCAGGGGAAACUGGAUCAAAUGAUGACAAAGCUGGAAUUUCUCGAAGAACAAUUACAGCAACAACUGCGUAAGAAACAAGAGGAGCUCGGGCGGUUUGCCAAUGUGGGCAGCCAGGAAGAGAGUGAAGAAGCCGACGCAACGCUAUUCAGUCUGAAGAGAUCUUUGACCUCCGUUACUACCGCCGUGUCUGUCAUACCACGGAACAAGUUUUUUGAUACUCCUCAGCGAGUGAGAAGCUUCUACACAGGACGAGUGAAUUACUUGGAGAGUCUGCGGCAAAUCCUCCUAGAUCAAAGGGCCGACGAGUCGGUGCAGGAACAGCGGCGGUUUGUUAUUUGGGGCCUCCCCGGGUCGGGGAAGACACAAUUCUGCUCCAAAUUUGCAGAGCAAAAUAGAAGCAGUUUCUGGGGAGUCUUCCGGAUCGAUGCCAGCACCCACGAGCGGGCGAAGCAAACAUACGCGGACAUAGCCAAGUUGGGCGACGUCGAACUCAGCCCCAAGGCAGCCAUGCACUGGCUUUCGAGCCAAGAAGAAAGGUGGCUCCUGCUGAUUGACAAUGCCGAUGAUGCUCGCGUUGAACUUGAUGAUUAUUUUCCACAAGGCGACCGAGGGACUAUCAUCAUCACGUCUCGCAACCCCGCGCACAAGAUUCACGGCAAUGUUGGGCCACGUUUCUUUGAAUUUGAAGGAAUGGGAGAAGAUGAUUCAAGUGUCUUACUUUUGCGUUCCGCUCAGUUGGCACAGCCUUGGGAUGCUGAUUCUUCGUCAUGCGCUUCCAAAAUAGCCAGACAAUUGGGAUUCCUCGCACUUGCUCUGAUACAUGCGGGGUAUGCCAUCAGAGAAAACAUUUGCUCUUUGAAAAACUACCUGAAAGUUUAUGACGGUAGUUGGCGAAAAAUCCGACGAGCGUCAGGAGAGAAAGAUGAGAUUCUGAGUGCCGCUGCCUCAUAUGAAAUCUGCUAUCGGGGGAUCGAGGAAAGAGCGACACGAGCAUCCGAAGACGCCAUUCAACUGCUCAAGAUGUUCUCUUUCUUCCAUUUCAAGAACAUUCGCUUCGACAUUCUUAGAAGAGCCGUACUCAAUCCUGCAAUCGAGAAGGAUGCACGGGAAGCCAAAGGCCAGGACAACCGUCAGCGACCAUUGACCUGGUACCAGAGGUAUAGAGACCUGCGUGUCUCCAUCCUGACGUUCGUUAUGGAAGUCCAGGGCCCGCCUGCCUUGCCGCUGUGUUUACGCGAAACGUCAGUGGCUGACUUUGACGAGUCGAGAGUACGGUACGCGCUUAGAGAACUUACACGAAUGUCUCUAAUCACUCACAACGAGGCAAAUGACAGCUACUCAAUACAUCCGUUCGUACACAGAUGGGCUCGGGAGAGGCCGGGCAUGAGCACUGCAGAGCAGGCUGUCUGGGCUCAUAUCGCGGCGGUGGUGCUCGGUCGGUCCAUUCUCCUCCCACCGCUUGGUGAAAGUGAAGACGAAGAACUCUUUCGGAGGGACGUACUUGCUCACGUAGACCACAUCCAGGCAUGUCAGGAAGUUAACGACCAGACAAUCAGGGCGAACCGAACACGUCGCUGGUAUGGGCUUGUUCAAUGGCCUGGACUGGGAUCGAGGUUUGGUCGCGAGCAAGCCCUACGCUAUGCGAAGUUCAGCACUGUGCUUGCUCAGUCCGGACGCUGGAAGGACGCAGAAAUGCUACAGUUGGCCGUGAAGGAAUAUACACACCGCAUCUUUGGACUGGACCAUCCUUCAACGCGGCGGAUAACACUGGCAUUAGCACAGACCUACUGGAAUCAAGGGCGUGGGGACGAGGCUGCGCAAUUGCAGCAAACUGUCUUGCAGGCUUGUAUCACUUCCCUAGGUCCCAAUGCCCAUGAGACUCUUAUGGCGAAGGAUCUUCUGGGCCAGACGAGAUGGCAGGAAGGGCGAUACACCCAUGCCAGAACGCUACAACUAGAGGCCGUUGACGGGCUAAUAAAGCUCAAGGGGAUAGACAACGAAGAUACCCUGACGGCCAUGGGCAGUCUUGGUCGUACGAUGGCUAAAUUCUAUGAGAACCUGGAUGAAGCGAAGUCACUACUAAAACGAGCUUUAGAUGGGAUGAGCAAGGUACUCGGGCCAACACAUACGAAGACUUUACUCGUGCAAGAAGAACUUGCUCUUCUUGCGGUGCAGAUGGGAGAAGAAGACCUAUCGGAGCCUUUGGCCAUGGUGCAACAGGUGCUCGACGUCCGAAGGGAAAGACUAGGUAAAGAGCACCCAUACACGCUUUUAGCCCUAGCGAGCUUAGCAAGAAUCACAAAUGCGCUUGGCCAACACACCAAGGCGGAAACCAUCCUACGCAGCGGACUUUCUAUUGCAGAACGCAAUCUCGGCGACAGCCAUAUAGGAACCCUCAUGGGAAAAGUCAUACUAGGAACAAUCCUUAUCAACCAAUCUAAGUUUGCCGAGGCUGAUUCUACACUUCUUGACGCGAUGGAACGGCUACGGCAUCUGGCUUCUUAUACAGGAGACUUUCAUCCGGACCGACUCGGCGCGAUGAUUGAGCUUGCGAGAAGCUAUAAGCUUCAGGGAAGGUUUGAUGAGAGCAUUAGAUACUGCGACGAGGCUAUUGAGGGCUUGAAACAGAUCAGUGUGACGCAACAUCCGUUGGAGAGGAAGCUGCGGGCCCAGAAAGAAGAGACAAUUGCGAUGAGAGAACAGGAAGGCCACCGUUGA